GAACCAGAUCAUCACUGUAAACUGGAUUACAUUAAUGACAUUGAUGAAAUUGAAAACAGAAGUGGAGAUACAUUGAUUUAUAAAAACAUUACCAGAAAAGGUCAAUAUAUCCCUAUCGAAACAGUUGGUGGACAAGAGACGCUUUCAUCGUGUCGAAUGUACUCAAGAAGCUUAAACAACCUAACAUCGAAUGGUAGUUCACCUAAUGUACAUGUAGUUGCAAUAUCAAACAUAUCGGUCCCAUGCGCCAAUGGGUGGAGUUAUGAUUAUUCUAUAUAUGGGGAAACAAUUAUAACAGAGUGGGAUCUGGUUUGUGAAAAAAUAACGUUUACCAGCACGUCACAGAUGGUGGUUACUAUUGGAAUGUUUAUCGGUGGUGUUUUAAACUCUUUCGUAUCUGACAAGUUUGGGAGGAAACCUGUGUUCUUCAUAUGUGCUAUUAUGCUUGGCAUUGUCGGAGUGAUCUGUUCGUUCUCCCAGAGCUUCCUCAUGUUUAUGCUAUUGCGGUUUGCCAUUGGAAUCUUCCAGCAGGGAACGCUGCUAUCGGGAAGUAUUCUGAUGUUAGAGCUGUUUCCUAGUGAAUUAAGAACCAUAGGGGGGACGGUGGCUUCCGGUGCUUGGGGGUUGGCGAUGGCCUCUCUUGCACUGUUGGCAUAUGUUAUCCGCAAUUGGCGAUAUUUACAACUGGUCAUAUCUCUUGUAUCAUUGCUUGUGUUACCUUUCUUUUGGUUUCUGAAGGAGUCUAUACCUUGGCUGGUAGCAAAUGGAAAGACAAGCGAGGCUUUGGAAGUACUUAAACGAGCAGCAAAGUUUAAUAAACGACACUUUAAAAUAGAAGACUCUCUAAAAGAUUCCCCACUUGUUCCCAACAAUAACGCCCCUCUAGAAUAUAACAUAAACAUGCACGGCGAUAGUGACUGUGAUAGUUAUAAAACGCCAAAUGCUGAUAUUCCAAAAGCAAAAACAGACAAGACUAAACCCAAAGACCCCAUGGCAGCCAAAAUAAACAUAUCUGCAUUUUUUCUACACCCAAUGAUACGUCGUUACACCUUCAUUUUCUGGGCUAUGUGGUUUGUGAAUAGCUUGGUCUAUUAUGGGUUGUCCCUUAGUACCUCGUCCCUUAACGGAGACCCUUAUGUUAACUUUGCCCUUACUGGUCUAGUUGAGGUACCUGCAGUUAUUCUAACAAUGGUUGCUAUGCUCAAAUUUGGGAGGAAACGACCAGUGAUAGUUCUACAUUGGAUAGCUGGUGUAGCCUUGUUUAUUAGCCCUUUCCUUACUACUCAUGACAAAGACUCUGGAGCUGCCCUGUCAGCAAUAAAGACAAUAGUUGUUAUGUUAGGAAAGGCUGCUAUAACAGGUUCAUUCACCAUAAUCUGGCUCUACGCACCGGAGGUCUAUCCUACAAACAUAAGAAAUAUUGGUGUUGGAGCAUCCGCUUGUUUCUCGAGACUCGGUGGUGUCUUAGCCCCUUAUUCGGCUCUUGUGAUAAAGGUAUUUCCGUUGUUCCCUGGGGUGUGUUUUGGUGUGUUGACAAUAUUGGUUGGUUUCCUAGCUUUAUUCUUACCCGAGACGCAUAAUCAACCUCUGCCACAGACGCUAGAGGACGUAGAUGAACUAGCAAUGGUGAAUAAGAGCACUCCUAGUUGUUGCUGCCGGAAAAAAUAAUUAAAUAUAUCUUAGAUUGUGAGGGUGAGGACAACUCAAACUUUUGUGAACUUUAAUGUGGUCACCAGCACCUUGACAUCGGCAGACUUUCCGGACCUUAUCUUAUCCAAUAUCUCGCCAAAGAAGGGUAUUUCCAAGUGACCACCUGUCACUGCACUCUGUUAGAACAAUAAAAUGGAUGCAUCAUGACGUUAUCGAGUUAGAUAAAGGAUUCAAAAAGGUUGUUGAUUCUUGAGGAUGAGGAAUAUACAUUUACCUUGCUUUACAAUUAUAAACUGACAUCUAUCAAAUAAAUGGUUAUUUGAAACGUAUAGUGCGAUUUCUUAGAUUGCUAGCACAGGC